CAUCGGCUGCGCAAAAGCUCCACAGUCGGUACGGUGACAGCCUGCGGUCCGCCUGUCCAGGGACAAUAAAGCGGAUGUAGAGUUUAACGAGUCAGACAACAGGGAGAGUGUGGCAAGCAGUGGGACGGACGUCUGAAAUCGAACGGCUUUGAAAGAAUGCAGGAGAAAAGUUUGUUUCUUUCUGCAGGCAGAGAUACUUGUUCCAGAUGAAGUUUAUAAAAAGGUGGAGGUUGUCUGUUCCAGACUUUGAGUGAUGCCUGAUGGGCCAACACCAAUUCGGAUGCCUGCUGAUGACAAAAGAGGACUGCUACAAGAAAAAUAAGCCCGAAGUUAGUCAGUAGUUGCAUGCAAGGUGGUCAGAAGAAACAUCAGCUUGAUCUGAAAGGCUGGGUAAAGACUGGACCUGGGCUGUCCUCGCUGUGAAUCUUCACAUUUCAUCUCCAGGACGAACCAGAUGCAGACGCAGAGAUGCAUUUGGGUAAGGCGUUACUGUUCGUUCUCCUCCUCAACUGCGCGACGCUGAGCUCGGCCCUGUCGACCUGCGCCACCGUGGAUCUGGACCAUGUGAGGAAGAAGAGGGUCGAGGCGAUCCGAGGUCAGAUCCUGAGCAAACUGCGACUGACGAGUCCGCCGCACUCUGUUGCACCGAGUGAAAUCCCCUUUCAGACCCAAGCAUUGUAUAACAGCACCAAGGAGCUGCUGGAGCAGCUGUGGAGGGACCGGAAUCAGAAAUGCGGCGUGGACAACACAGAGACAGAGUACUAUGCCAAAGAGAUUUACAAAUUCAGCAUGAUCCACGGGCCACAAGAAAACAAUGAUCUGCUCCUCUGCCCAAAAGGAAUCACCUCCAAGAUUUUCCGUUUCAACGUGUCUGCCAUGGAAAGGAACUCGACCAACCUUUUCAGGGCCGAGUUUCGAGCGCUGCGGUUCCCAAACCGAAAUGCCAAGAGGGCUGAACAGCGGAUCGAACUCUACCAGAUCGUGAGGCCUAAUGAUCACAUUAGGAAGCAGCGCUACAUCGGAGCCAAAACUGUGCCAACCAAAAGCGCUGAAGAGUGGAUCUCCUUCGAUGUGACUGAAACUGUAAGAGAAUGGCUGAUGAACAGAGAGUCCAACUUUGGCUUGGAAAUCAGCGUGCAUUGUCCCUGCCACACCUUCAGCUCAAAUGGUGACAUCAUUCACGAUGAAAGCGAGGCGCUGGAGGUGAAGUUUAAAGGAGUUGAUGUAGAAGAGGAGGAGAAUCGCUCAGACCUGGAUAGACUGAAGUGGAAAAAGGAGCAAGAGCUUCCUCACCUCAUCCUCAUGAUGAUCCCGCCCCACCGCCUGGAUACUCAGACCACCCGCCGACGCAAAAGAGCCCUGGACACUAACUACUGCUUCUCGAACGCGGAGGAGAGCUGCUGUGUCCGCCGACUCCACAUUGAUUUCCGGCGUGAUCUGGACUGGAAGUGGAUCCACGAGCCCAGUGGUUACGAUGCCAACUACUGCUCUGGACCGUGCCCUUACCUGAGGAGCUCGGACACGACGCACAGCUCGCUGCUGAGCCUUUACAACACUCUGAAUCCAGGGGCGUCCGCCUCCCCCUGCUGCGUCCCUCAAGACCUGGAGCCCCUUACUAUACUCUACUACUCCGGACGGACCCCCAAAGUGGAGCAGCUUUCCAACAUGAUUGUCAAGUCUUGCAAGUGUAGCUGAAAGGACGCGAGGGGCAGUUUUUAUGCAGGAUCUCUCUAGGUACAGACCAAACCCACGUCCUACGACUUUUGGACUCCUGUGACAGGUCCUUGAAUCGAUCCUGUGGCCCUGCAGCCUCGAUCUGAUCUGAACACCACUCCUCCUUAUUUUAACGGAUGCAGAUUUUCUCAAACACUUGAGAUUCUAUUUCUUUUUCCUUCUGUUUUUGUGCUUUUGUUCUGAGUUAGUCAGUUCUGGGAGGCAAGUAAUUGUAACGUUUUUUUAAAGAUUAUUAUUUCGAAUCGAACGUAACCCAACAAGAAUGUUAGAAUACACCUUAAAAUACCUCCAUCUACAUAUAUAUAUAUAUAUAUAUAUAUAUAUAUAUAUAUAUAUAUAUAUAUAUAUAUAUAUAUAUAUAUAUAUAUAUAUAUAUAUAUAUAUAUAUAUAUAUAUAUAUAUAUAUAUAUAUAUUAAACAAAACAAUCUGGAGCUGCUUCAUAGAAAACAACUGAAAUAGACUCGUUUUGUGGUUUAUUUUAAGGUCCAUCGCUCAGUCAAAUAGUCCAAAAGAUAACAGCCUUUACAUGUUCAGCAGUUCAACUUUCUUAUUUCAAGCCUAUCUGUUAAAUAGUUACUAAAAUAAUGAAAAACUUCUAAAAUAACUUCUUUCAGGCUCAAUUUUUCCUUGAACUUGCCUCAAGUUUCCUUCACUUCAAACAGUGGGCAUUAUCUUCAAACACAAAAGCAGAAAGGACAGACCCGCUGCCGUGUCCAAAGCCAUAGCUGUGGUCAGGGAAAAGGAGAGCCGACAGAGAAUGCCUGUUGGAUUUGCAAUGGAAAGUCAAUGAACAAUGAAGUUGAGCCAAGCUUUUCUUUUUUUGGCCAGCCGGCAGCAAUGGCCUUUUUUUUGUGUGUGUGUGUGUGUGUGGGGGGGGGUUAUUUUAUUUCAGUGCAUCUAUUAGAACAGAUGGAAGAAGAAGACCUGUAUGGCAGAGAAGAACUACCACACCGCAAUUCACUGGAUGUUUUCAUCCCGAAGAGCUUCAAAUUAUUUUUGGGACUUCAAAGAAUAUACUGGAAGAGAGCGAGCGUUACGCAACAGGUUUUCAUGAGAUUUCUUUUAUAUUAAUAGCAGAUUCGGUCUGUUAUGCAACUUGUCGUACAGUGAUUGUUUCACAAACUGGGACGGGAGUUGACAUGUAUCGCCGUUAUCCGUGAUGGAAGCAAUUACAUAUAUUAGACUAUGGGUACUGUUACUUUUCCUUUUCCUGGUCCUGGUUUAUGUGAUCCAGCAUGUGCCCAUCUCAAACGCUGUGGGCUCGACCCUGAGAAAGUAAAAAUCACAGCACUUUUUUUUUUUCAGCAGCAACAGGAAAUGUAAUGUAAUUUAAAUUUUUUUGCUUCCUUUGUCUACUUUAGUUGUUUUUUUUCCCCCUCUUCAAACCCACUUUCUUAUCUACUCAUCUGUCAGACUUUAUUCGCGUGCACGAGUCUCGUGUGCAGUCAAGACAGACUCCGGUGUUCCCAAAACACUGCAGUCUUUCAUUCCCUGCGCUCCGUCUCUGUUUGUUUUGGUGCUCUUUUGCAGCACGAAGCACGAAUGGAACAAAAAUGGCAAGGUAGGGGAAAAAGUCAUAACGUGACAGCGGCUGGAUCUGCAGUUAGACCUCGUUCUCUCAGGCGGGAGCAGCGGUUCUGAAUCCCUGCACUGUUUUGACGUUUGCCCGGUCACAGAUACCUUUUCGUGAAGUUUUUCUUUCUGUGGGGAGGGGAGGGUAAUAUUGUUUGACGUGACUUGUUGAUUGUUAUUAAAAGACAUCAUGUAAAACUG